GAGGAGGAGGAGGAGGAGGAGGAGGAGGAGGAUUAGGUGCAGGACGGGGCAGCGGGAGCCACGCCGCCCGUCCGCCUCCGGGCCUGCCAUGCUGUCCUGGUCCGCGUGCCUCGUGGAGAGCGAGGCGCCCAGCGCGGGGAAGCCGAGCGGCCUGGGCGACGAGGAGCACGGCGACGUGCUGCUUGUCCGCACCAUCAGCGACGCAAGCACAGCAGGCUUCUCGGCGGCCACUUGCGCGGAGAACGAGGAGGCCGUUCUGUAUGGAGACGAGAUCAUCGAGGUCAGCUCCCCCGGGCGGCGCGACGCGCCCUUCGGCCAGUGGCCCUCGUCCAACGGCUCCCCCUGCGUCCUGCACCUGAGCGGCGAGCAGGACCGGGCGGAGGAACCGCAGGUGCCGGCGCCGGCAACUGCAGAGGAGCCUGAAUGCGGGGAUUGGUUCGAAGACCCGCUGAGUGACGAGUUCUUGCCGGUCUUCUUGUCUGCUGAGGAUGGGCUUGCUGAGGUCUGGGCUCUCCGCGGAGAGUAGCCGGACAGGACCCGGGACGGCGGAGGGCUGCACGCGCUGUCGCUUCCUCCCGGGCGUGCCUGCGCCGUGAGCGGGGCCGCCGGGCAGCACGCGCCCGCGUGCGCACGCGGCCCGGGCGCUCGCCUUGCCAGUGGGGCGUUGCGUAGCACUCAAGCGACGAUUUGCUUCAGGGCGUCGCGUUGGACAGAGACAUUAGUUUGGCGUUACAGCUGGCCUUGAUUGGUUUGCUGAGUUUCAAUGUACAGGGUCACUGACACAGCAGCGGCCGUAUAUACAGUAGCGUGAUAUUAGGAUUGCGCUUGCGUUGGAUUGAGCUUGGUGUAUCCCGUCCGUCCCAUUGGUCUGCCGCAUUUGUUUCGCAGCCGAACUAGUUGUGCGACAACGCACGGCUCGUCCUGGUCAGGACCCCCCCCCCUGGCGUAUGGAGCGUAAGGGGGUUCAAGAUCCAGGCAUUUUACGAUUGUAAAUAUAUGCAGACAAGUUUCCGACUGCAUUUUUCUUGUCGCCUCACGAUCGUAGCUGACCCCGCCACCUGCGCGUUUGCAGACGCUACGUUUAAAUGCACAGGGUCAGCGACAAUGGUUCCACAUCGCAUCGGGCUAUCGGGCGCAAAGAA